CGCAGUGGAUCACUGACCCUGUGUGUUCUAACUUCACGCUUUGAUUUUGACAAGCAGACAAUAUGGUGUGGUUGAGAACAUCGGGGUUUCUUUGUUUUUUGAGACGUUCCUUGAUAAACUUGGAAUUGAGAAUUCUACAGAUCGCGGGGUUUGACAGGAAUUUAGCUCCAGCCUGGGCAGUGGAAGCGCCCUGCCUCCUCCCAGAGCCGCAGUCGCCGCUCGGACAGGCGGAAGACUCCGGUUUCCGCGACAGCGUCUUCUGGAUGGCCGCUCCCAAGAAGCGCCGCACCAUCGAGGUCAACCGCUGCCGCCGGCGAAACCCCGCCAAUCUCAUCCCAGUCAAGGUACUCGCCUUCGCUUCGGUCCCCGAUGUCAAUGACAUGCAAGCGCCCGUGGUGCUGUGGGUGGGUGAUUCUCCACAGCUGCCGGCAAAACGUGAAAGAGUUUAACCGAAGAAUGACAGUGGCCAGCACUCUUCAGAAUUGUGAAUAUCCCAUCAGGUCAUCUUCUCAACAGUCAGGUUGAGACAAUAACCAGAUUUUCACCUUUCAAACAAGGACAAAAGCCUACUAUAAUAACACCAAUGCACUGUGUUAGUUUUGAUCCAUUAAUUUGAUGCUGGCUGAAAUAUUGUAAAAA